GAGCUCUCUUCCCCGUUCCCAUUUCCCGCACGCGAUGUACUUCACCAAUAUAUAGUUUAUCGCACUAUUAAGCCGAGGAACCUCUCUAAUGGAGCCCCGGGUCGAUCCCUCACAACGUAUUGCGCGGAUCGCUUCUCAUCUACAUCCUCCUACUUCCCAGAUGGAGGAGAUUUCAUUGUUGAGGCGCUCCGAUUGCCGCGCGAAAGGAGGUGCACCGGGUUUCAAAGUAGCAAUACUGGGUGCGGCAGGUGGGAUUGGCCAGCCCCUCGCAAUGCUGGUGAAGAUGAAUCCUCUUGUAUCGCUUUUGCAUCUCUACGAUGUCGUCAACACGCCUGGUGUCACCGCAGAUAUCAGCCACAUGAACACUGGCGCCGUGGUACGUGGCUUUCUUGGCCAGCCACAAUUGGAGAGUGCACUCGCAGGAAUGGAUCUUAUCAUUAUCCCAGCUGGUGUCCCUAGAAAACCUGGAAUGACAAGGGAUGAUUUGUUUAACAUAAAUGCUGGAAUUGUUCGGACACUCUGUGAGGGGAUUGCCAAGUGCUGCCCUGGUGCGAUUGUGAACCUGAUCAGUAAUCCGGUGAAUUCUACUGUCCCGAUUGCAGCAGAAGUUUUCAAGAACGCUGGGACUUAUAAUCCCAAGCGUUUAUUGGGGGUGACAACUCUUGAUGUAGCGAGAGCUAAUACUUUUGUGGCUGAAGUACUUGGACUGGACCCAAGGGAGGUUAAUGUUCCGGUGGUCGGUGGGCAUGCUGGAGUUACAAUAUUACCCCUGCUGUCACAGGUCAAUCCUCCGUGUUCUUUCACUCCAGAGGAAAUCACGUAUUUGACUGAUCGCAUACAAAACGGGGGCACAGAAGUUGUUGAGAAUUUCGCUUCAUCUCACUCAUGCAAGGAUUUAAGUGCCGUCACACGGGGUCGUGCUGGAAACUUGCCGGCACGGUACGGCACGGUGUGUGCCGGGCCGUGCCGAAGCAUGCCAGUCACAAAAAACAUAUAUGUGUCGACACAUAAUGGCAUGAAAUAUUUAUUUUCUUUAGCAACAAAAUAUGCCAAUUAUUUAUUAUGUGUUUUUAUCAAUUUUUUUGAGCUUUAUUGACAAAAUUACUUACUAAUUUAAAGAAUAGAGGGUUUUGAGUUGCGCUAUCAGUACGGAUGUUGUAUCGUGCUGAUAUUUUGCUGGCACGAUACGGCACUGUGGAUAUGGCCCGUGCCGAUGGGCACUUAAAUCCUUGCUCUCAUGGUUCAUUCUACCUGAAAAAGACUACUCGUUCUUACCAGUGUAUUAGGCGGUCUUUGUUGACGUCCAAGCCAUCACAAUCGCUUUUCAUGUGAUUUACCUCUAUAGACGCUACGCCAAAUCACUUGAAUUUACGAUGUGGCUUGAGAUAUGUCAUCUUAUUUAUUUCCUUCUUAUGCCUCUGAACCUGCAGAAUCAUUCCCGUCUAAGUGCAUUCAAAUUUUGUACAUACGAUCUUCUACUUGUCCAACAUUUUGAUCAACAAAACAUUACCGAUCUCAUAGCUGUUAAUAAAACUCCUUUUUACAAGGGUGGAAAGCUGCAGAAGAAACCUGAUUAUAUCACAUCUAAUUAACCAUGGAAGCUUUCCUUUAUGUUGACCGUUGAAGGGCUUAGAUAACAAGUAAACAUGCUGUGGCUGUUUUGUGUUCCUGUUUGUUGUAAUAUUGGAGAACUGUUUUGUCAAUUUUUUGUUGUUUGAUCUUGAUCAAAUCUGUUUAAUCGACAUGUUAAGAGACAGUAAGUUCUAUAUAAUUCCAUUUUUAG